AUGACUAGCACUGACCUCAAGGACCCCGUGUCCAAAGUCUCUACUCCUGGACAAGUCAAGAAUGAGUCCAUCGCCGAGGAGUCGCCCUCCGACAUCUACGUCGACCCUAUAAUUGAGAAACGCGUCCUCCGCCGUCUCGACUACCGCUUUGCCCCCCUGUUCUGUGCCCUCUACUUUAUGGCGUAUCUCGACAGAAGCAACAUCGGAAACGCCGCCGUGGCUGGCCUCAAGGACCAGCUCAAUUUAUCAGGGCCGCAGUUCAGCACCGCCGUCAGUCUCUUCUUCGCGACCUACGUCAUCCUCAUGUUGCCUCUCGUCCUUGCUGUGCGCAAACUCAAGGUGCACCGUGCCAUUUCCGUUAUGGUGGCUGCUUGGUCGCUCGUCACUAUCGGCACAGCAUUUGUUCGCUCCUUUGGCUCUCUUCUUGCUUGCCGUCUUAUCCUCGGCAUUUGCGAGGCCGGCUUCUUUCCCUGCAUUAGCAUCUACAUUACCAUGGUGUACAACAGACGCGAGCAAGGCUUGCGCUUUGCGUACCUCUUUGCCGCGACGGCUUUCUCGGGUAUGUUCGGCGGCUUGGUAGCUACCGGUAUUACCAAGAUUGGUACCGUCGGAGGACUGCACGCCUGGAGCUGGCUAUACAUCAUCGAGGGCCUUAUUUCGCUUUCGGUUAUCCCCUGGGCGUGGUACGGCUUGCCUGAGUUUCCCGCCAAAGCCAAAUUUUGGACUCCCGAGGAGCGCGAGACGAUGGAGCAGCGUGACUUGCAACGCCGGGAGUACAUGGGUAGCGAGGCAUUUGAUCGGUCCCAAGUCCUUUCUGCUAUGAAAGACUGGAGAUUGUACACUGGUGCGCUGGUACAAUUUUUCCAGGACAUUAUCCUUUACGGUUUCAGUAGCUUCCUCCCGUCAAUUCUCAAGGACGGACUUGGCUAUAACAGCCUCCAGGCCCAAUACCUCAGCGUCCCCGUGUAUCUGCUCGGCGGUAUCUCGUUCUUCGCAGCAGCCCUGGUUGGCGACAAGUGGGGACUCCGCGGGUCUGUACUCCUCGUUCUCGACAUCUUCGCCGUCGUUGGGUACGCGAUACUCCUUGGUGUCAAGUCGUCCUCUGUUCAAUAUUUUGCCUGCUUUAUGAUUGCGAUCCCUCUGUACUGUGGACCGGGCCUGAACGAGACGUGGAUUGUCAACAACACGGCCCCGCACUAUCGUCGUGCGACUGCUCUUGGCUUCUCGCAAGCUAUAGGAAACGUGGCAGGCGUGGUUGCUCCGCAAGUCUACCGCCAAGCGCCAUACAGGCUGGGCCAUUGGAGUUCUUUGGUGUCUGCUAUUAUUUCCAUGACACUCAUUUCAGUUCAAUUAUUCCACUACAAGUUGGAGAACAGGAAGAAGGAUCAGGUUGCACGUGGCGAGCGACCAGAUGAUAGGAAGACCGUGCUUGGGGAAGACAACCUGGAAUUCAGAUAUCUCUACUAA